AUGCCUAUAUUAUUUUAUAACGCAUGUUGUUUCCUGCGCCAUGGUCAGAGUAAUCCUAACGGUGGCGGAGGCCAUGGAGGAGGCCACGGGUACGGCGGAGGACCUAACGGAGGGGGAGGAGGAGGAGGAGGUGGAGGAGGCGGCGGAGGCGAUGAAGAUGACAGCGGUAAAAAUGGCAAGGAAUAUAGUGGCAAGAACAAAUGGAAUAAUGGCGGUGAAUAUAACAAUGGGGGCAAAUACAACAAAUGGAGAGGCGGCAAAGGCAGGCAUUCUGGCGGUGGCGGCGGAGGAGGUGGCGGCGGUGGAGGUGGCUCCUACGACAGUAAUGACAAAGAGCUAAUGAAACUUCUGGACAAUAGCAGACAGGAAAAAAAUGAUCCCCCAGCAAUGGAAACCAUGGGGUCCUCGGGUCCAGCGUGGGGUGGAGGGGCCAGUAAGUGGGCGACCAUGUGGAUGAAACCCAAAUCAAAGAGCAGCAAGGCAACAAAGUCCCCUAAGACUUCCUCCUACCCGGGUUUACCCUUUAGCCCGCAGAUGCCGUACACAGGAUACCCACAAGUACCUGCAAGCCCUUACACUAGCAUAUUGACUCCUUAUGGAAUGUUACCAUACCCUGUACCACAGGCAGCCCAAACCAUGCCACAGGCUUCCCAGGAUGCAGCCCUUGGAAAGAGGACAAUAAAAGGAAUGUCUGGUUCAGGCGGCCCACCACCGGCUUUCCCCGCCUUCUGGAUGCCCUACAUGACAGCAGGCCCACCAGCCACAGGUAUCCCAGCCGCCUGGGCCAGUCUUCUUGCUGCACAGCCCCCUGUUGCAGCAUCCUCCUGGCCAGCGUACGCUUCACAAGGAGCCUCCAAUAUAAAGACCGCAUCGCAAACCACAGGAAGCCCAAUUGACUGGGCGGCGUUGCUCCAGGCAUACGCACCUAAGCAGGACCCAGCCCUCGUAGCAAGCCCAUUUGCUGGCAUCGGCGCAAAGUUCAGCCCAUGGCCACAGAUCGAAAAGGAACUUAACAAGGAAGGGGUCCCAACAAAGCCUAUUGUCACACCAGAAAUGGCUUCCGCUUUAGUCGACGCCAUCGUUGCUAAGAACCUUGCCAAAGCUGCAGCCACUACCACCUCAGACCCGGCCAAAGGCGCCGCCUCUGCAAUUCCGACUACACCCUCCCCUGCGUGGCUAGCCGUCCAAGCUGAGCUGAAGAAAUUCGGCAUCCCGACCGCGCCUAAGACCACUACAGGAGAAGCUGACGCCGCCACUGCUACCGCCACUGCUGCCACACCAACUGACUCACCCAUCUGGCUCGCUAUCCAGAAGGAGCUGAAGAAGCUCGGGAUUCCAAUCAGCACCAAGCCACCCCCUACCGCAGCCCCUACCGCCCCACCUGUGGACACUACCGCCCUCAAUGCCGCGUGGGUGUCGGCCGCUGCCCCUAUCCUCACCUCAAGUCCCCCCGCAGGAGUGGACCCCACCGCCUGGAUUAACAUGAAGAUGUCUCUGCUUAAGUCUCUAGGGCUGCCCUCAUUCCCUGCGGGGGGUCCGGCUGCGGACGCUGCCACCAACAAGACAAAGAGAGCUAUCAAACCCGGCUCCCCAGUCGUGUCUCCAGUGUGGGCUCAAAUUCUAAAGGAGCUCGGCUCACCGGAAUCUGCUGGCGCCGCUAAGCCCGCUCCCCCCAUUCCUGAUGUCCUGAAGAUAAAGUCCGCAUUUUCGCCCGUUCCCGUGGUGCCAGGCAGCGCAGUGCCUGCCGCGGUCGACCCUGCUGCGUACAUUGGUCUGAAAAAGAACAUUCUUGCGUCACUAGGGCUUAGUCUUCCGCCCGCGUCUACCACAGCAACCAGUGACGCCUUAGGAGGAUCAUCUCCAGCCCCGACCAUCUCCCCCAUCUGGGCAGCCAUCCAGAAGGAACUCAACGCCUUCGGUAUUCCGACAACCGCAAAACCAACCCCAGCCCUUCCCGACCUGAUCAAGGAACGCCUCGCACUCGCAGGUGCAGCUGGCAAAACCUCCCCCGCGGGGACUACCCCUGCAGUUGACAUUGUCGCCUUGAUGAAUUUCAAAAAAGCUUUAGCAGAAUCACUUGGUCUGAAGCUCCCAACUGAUACCCUCACGGGAGAAAAGAGUACGUGAGAAUAGUUUGUAUUAGGUGAAUAUUCUAAAAAAAAUUGAAUUUAGUGUUAAAGGGAAGUCACUAUUGGAAACACUACUCGAGACAUCAGAUUAUACUAUGCUGAAUUUUCGUUCCGUGACCGCAGCCUAGUACACUCUAUAUACAAGAACGUCUAACUCACUUGAGGCUGGGUCAUUCUUAUUUUUGGAGCAUUUCAGGGCUAAAAUUGCUCUUAAAGAUGUUUUCAAAUUUCAGUGUAUAAACAUAUGAUACAGCUAGAAGUUUUAGAAAAUAAAUGAGACAAACAACAAUCAUAUUUAGGGUUGUUCUUAAAAGCACAAGAUGAUUCUACAUUUUAGAACUUAUCAAACUACAAAAACAUUUUUUGCUGCUAUCUAGGCCUCGAUAUGUUCUUUAUAAGGUUCUUAGAAUUUUGUAAAAUCUCAGGCUGGUUGUUAAAAAAACAGAGUGUAAUGCUUGUUGUCUGAAUUCCUAAUCGCCACGGUAGCUAGAGAAAUAGUUGUAGGUAACUUUGUUUUAUUCUACUCGUUCGGGUCAUGGUGACGGGUCAUGGUGACGUUUAUGGCGGUCUUAAAUUAUUUGGUUACAUUCCUCCAUGACCGCUCCUACGUAUAGUCGUUUAUGCCAUCGACUUGUUUAUUGUAAAAGAAUUUAAUCCGUUUGUUCUUUAGUAAAACAUGAUAUUUACCACAUGAACGAAGAGCAUUUAUUCUUAACGUAUAGCAUUAUUUAUAGAACAGCAUUGAAGUGAUUAUGAUAUUUUAAUGUUUGUCUUAAAUCAAGUAUGUAUUCAAAGCUCGACUCUAUUAUUAUCAUUGUACGAGCUAAUUUAUAAUAUGUGAUUAAACAAAUGAUAGUUUA